GUUUUACAUAUACGGGAAUACCAAAUUUAAAGAUGUCACCAGUCCCAUUCUUAAAGAGCUUGAACAGAUCGAAAAAGAACAUAUGCAGGAAAAGAAAUCUGCUGAAGCACAAAAGAAGCAGCUGGACCCUAUAAUUUCCAAGAAACAAAUUGAGAAACAAAUUAUGGUGGUAAAGAUGUUGCCACUUAAUGAAUUGUAUCUUGAAUGUCAAAAGCUGGUUGAUGCAAUUUCCCCCUUUGAUGAGCGCAACACUUGGUUGUCAAAAGCUUAUAAAGACAUUAUGUCCAGUCUUUCUGAUAUGAUAAGAGUAAGGUUUGAGUUUUGGCUACGAUAUCAGAUUGCCUCCCUUACUAAAAAGGACCACAUAAUGAGUGGAUUGAAAGAUACACUUGAAUCAUUAUGCACGAAGGCUGCUUUGUUCAAUGGUCGGUGGGAGGAGGACUAUGCUCCUUACUUUACUGCCUAUGAACGAAAAGAUGCACACCCCAAAAGGCCAAGGAUUCAA